AUGUCUGAUAAGUCACAAGAACUCAAAUUGGAUGAAAUUAUCGACGAGCUGAAAAGUGUUGAAGAACAUGGCUUUAAGCUGGUGGGAGCUUUAAAGGCGCUGUUGAUGUACAAGCAGUACCACACUCUAACACACAAAAUCUUUAUUUUCAUCGGUGGUUUUCUUGCUGGUUUUGCUUAUAUGCUUGACAGUAACCUUCGUUCAACGUUCACAGGUUACGCAACUGGUUCUUUUGGGCAACAUUCAUUGCUUUCUACUAUCAAUGUUGUCACUACUAUUAUUGGAGUAGCAGGACAAGUAUUAUUUGCUAGGUUAUCAGACACUUUUGGCCGGGUGGAGAUGUACAUUGUGUCUAUUGUGCUUUAUGUCGUUGGUACAAUUGUACAGUCCCAGGCUACUGAUGUGGCUCGUUAUGCUACUGGUGCCGUAAUUUACGAGCUUGGCUAUGUUGGCAUUGUUCUACUCUUGAUGGUGAUGAUGGCUGAUUUCUCUUCGAUGAGAUCAAGAUUACUUUUCAUGCUUGCACCUACGUUUGGCAGUGUUAUUCUCACUUGGACUUCAGGAAAUAUUUUAUCUGCUGUUGGACCAGAAGCUCAUUGGAGUUGGGGUAUUGGUAUGUGGGCUUUUAUUUUUCCUUUGGCCAAUAUUCCAUUCUUGUUAUGUUUGGGACACAUGUGGCUCAAGGCUAGAAAAUUGGACGAAUGGAGAGAGUUAAAUGGAACGAGAAGAGAGAUCUUCAAGAGAGAACGUUUCAAUUUUUUUAAAAACUUGUAUUGGGAACUUGAUGUGGUUGGCGUUGUUCUACUCACUGUUGUUUUGGGUUGCAUACUUGCACCUUUAACAUUAGCAGGAGGGCUCCAAAAGGAAUGGAAAAAAGCUCAUAUCAUUGUCCCCAUUGUGGUUGGGUGCGUACUUAUAUCGGUUUUUCUUCUCUGGGAAAGAUUUUACGCCAGGUUUCCCUUGUGUCCUAUGACAUAUUUCAAAAAUCGUGGUAUAUGGUGUCCCUUGGCUAUCAGUUUUCUUGUCUUGUUCAUCAAUAUGGUUGCGUCUGAGUACCUUUACACUUUAUUGAUAGUUGCGGUCAAUCAAACUACAACUUCUGCUCAGCGGAUAAUCACCUUGUGGGGAUUUGUAACCAGUAUUGUUGGCUUUAUUUAUGGUUUGGCAGUUAUCUAUCUUCGAAGACUCAGACCAGGUCUCAUAUUCGGUACCUCCAUGUGGAUGAUAGCCUUUGGGGAUGUACCAUUAUCGAGGUGGCACAGCAUCCAAGCCCGGAAUCAUCGCUGCUGA